AUGGUAUAUUCCCAGAGAAGAAGUCCGGAAUCCCGGCGCCUGGUGCUGUCGCUUCUGCUCUUCACAGCUUGGGAAGCCGGGAGCGGCCAGGUCCACUACUCGGUCCCCGAGGAGGCCAAACACGGCACCUUCGUGGGCCGCAUCGCCCAGGACCUGGGGCUGGAGCUGGCGGAGCUGGUGCCGCGCCUGUUCCGGGUGGCGUCCAAAGGCCGCGGGGACCUUCUGGAGGUAAAUCUGCAGAAUGGCAUUUUGUUUGUGAAUUCUCGGAUCGACCGCGAGGAGCUGUGCGGGCGGAGCCUGGAGUGCAGCAUCCACCUGGAGGUGAUCGUGGACCGGCCGCUGCAGAUUUUCCAUGUGGAGGUGGAGGUGAAAGACAUUAAUGACAAUCCGCCAAGGUUCUUCCGACAAGAGCAGAGAUUAUUUAUUUUAGAGUCAAGAAUAGCGGAUUCCCGGUUUCCGCUAGAGGGCGCAUCUGAUAUGGAUAUAGGAACAAACGCAGAAUUGAGAUACAAGUUAAAUGCUAAUGAAUAUUUUGACUUGGAUGUUAAAACAAAUGAAGAAGAGACAAACUUUUUAGAGCUAGUUUUGAAGAAACCAGUAGAUAGAGAAGAAACGCAAGAACACCGUUUAUUACUGAUUGCAACUGAUGGAGGAAAACCUGAACUAACAGGUACAGUUCAGCUAUUGAUCAAUGUAUUGGACGCGAAUGAUAAUGCCCCGGAAUUUGACAAAUCAAUUUAUAAAGUUAGAUUAUUGGAAAAUGCCCCAAAUGGGACAUUAGUUAUUAGACUGAACGCCUCAGAUGCAGAUGAGGGCAUUAACAAGGAAAUAGUGUAUCUCUUUAGUGAUCUUGUUCUUGACAAUGUAAAAUCUAAAUUUACAAUCAAUUCUAAUAGUGGGGAAAUAACAGUUAAGGGAGAACUGGAUUAUGAAGACUGUAAUUUAUAUGAAAUUAAUAUUGAUGCUGUAGAUAAAAGUUCAUUCCCAUUAACUGGACACUGCAAAGUAAUAGUGAAAAUCCUGGAUGAGAAUGAUAAUACCCCAGAGUUGGUCAUAACCUCUCUAUCACUGCCAGUCCAAGAGGACGCCCCACUGGGCACCGUCAUCGCCCUAAUCAGUCUGUCCGACCAUGACUCUGGUGUGAAUGGGCAGGUGACCUGCACCCUGUCGCCUCAUGUCCCCUUCAAGCUGGUGUCCACCUUCAAGAAUUACUAUUCGCUGGUGUUGGACAACUCCCUGGACCGCGAGAGCGAAUCAAACUAUACAUUGGUGGUGACAGCACGGGAUGGCGGCUCACCUUCGCUGUCGGCCACAGCCAGGGUGUCCGUGGAGGUGGCCGACGUGAACGACAACGCGCCGGCGUUCCCGCAGCCCGAGUACACGGUGUUUGUGAAGGAGAACAACCCCCCCGGCUGUCACAUCUUCACGGUGUCUGCGCGGGACGCGGACGCGCAGGAGAACGCGCGGGUGUCCUACUCGCUGGUGGAGCGGCGCGUGGGCGAGCGUGCGCUGUCGAGCUACGUGUCGGUGCACGCGGAGAGCGGCAAGGUGUACGCGCUGCAGCCGCUGGACCACGAAGAGCUGGAGCUGCUGCAGUUCCAGGUGAGCGCGCGCGACGCGGGCGUGCCGCCUCUGGGCAGCAACGUGACGCUGCAGGUGUUCGUGCUGGACGAGAACGACAACGCGCCCGCGCUGCUGCCGCCUGGGGCGGGCGGCGGGGCCGGCGCGGUGAGCGAGCUGGUGUCGCGGUCGGUGGGCGCGGGCCACGUGGUGGCGAAGGUGCGCGCGGUGGACGCGGACUCUGGCUACAACGCGUGGCUGUCUUUCGAGCUGCAGCCGGCG